AUGGGGGAAGAGGGGACCACGGGGUUACCUGGAGGAGGCGACUUCGGAGUGUGUCAGGACGGCGGACCCCGCAGGGCCCGCACUGGGGAGCUGCGGGACUUCCGGAGGCCCCAGACUACCACUCCCAGCAUGCUGCGGGGCGCGGCGGCCCCAGACUACAACUCCCAGCAUGCUGCGGGGCGCGUUGGCAUGGUCCCCCGGGCUUCUCCCGCCUCGCCGGACGUCACGUGGGCGGUGCUCCGGGAGCGUGCGGCGCCGCGGCGGCUGGCCUCACGCAUGCGCGCGGCCGCCCCCCCGGGACUCCAACUCCCAGGCGGCGCCGCCCCGCACGCAUGCGCGCGGCGGCUCGCCGGGUCCAGCCGGAGAACCACCCGCCCUAAGGGCCCGAAAGGGCGUUCCCCGCCCCCCGAAGACGAUGGUGGCUGCAGAACGGCGACCCUGGAAUCCGUAGGCCCGGCGGUGCCGCGGUCGGGACAAUGGAGCCGGCGGCGAGGGAGAACUAUAACUCCCGGCGGACUCCGGGCGCCGGCCCCGCCCCCCGGGCCUGGCCGCGGCAGUUGCGGUGGGCGCUGUCUGUCGGUCCCCAUCGCGGGACUCCGCGGAGAGGCGUCCGGACUCCAAGUCCCGGCGGCCCUCGAGCUGCUGUCCGCCCCGUUGCCCCCUGGGAGUUGUAGUUCCGCGCGCGGGCGGCGCCCGUCGGGCCCGGCGGGGUCUCGGGGCGUGCGGACUCCAUCUCCCGUGGUGCCCCGCGGCGGGCGCGCCGCCUGCCGCCGGCCGGGCCGGGGCGCUCAGCAGCAGCAGCAGCCGCCGCCGGGGCCUCCGGGGGGCCCGCCGCCGCCCGGGGAGGACACGGCCCUCUGCCGCCUGCUGGGCCUCCGCCGGGGCCUGCGCCGCCUCCGCCGCCUGUGGAACGGCUCGCACCGGGGCCGGGGCCGAGGCCGGGGCCGAGGCCGAGGCCGCGGCCGGGGCCGGGCGCCGCACCCGGACCCCGCGGGCGGCGGCGGCGGCGGCGGCGAGGCCGACGACGAUGAGGACGAGGACGACGAUGACGACGAGGAGGAAGAGUUUCAGGGGUUCCACUCAGAAGAGGAUGAGCCCCCCAGUUCCUUGCGCUCAGCACUCCGGUCCCAGCGAGGCCGGAGCCCCAAAGGCCGCGGAGGCCCCAAGCGCAGGAGCACGACCCCGCCCGGCCAGCCCGGGGAGGCGGCCUCUGCCCCUCCUCCGCCCCCACCCCCACCCCCACCCCCUCCGGCCAAGCCCUCGGGGCGGCGGCGCCGAGAGGCCGGGAAGGAACGGAUGGUGCAGGCCCUGGCAGAACUGCUGCGCCGUGGGCAGGACCCCCCGGCCCCCCGGGGCCGAACCCCCCAACAGCCCCCACCCGCUCGCCGGCCGCGCGGCCGGCCCCCGGGCUCCUUCAAGAAGAAGCCACCGGGAGUCCCGCCUCCGGCAGCCACCCCGGGAACAGAGACCCCGACGCCCCCCCCGGCCCCCCGGAAGCGCAAGGCAGGAGGCUGGAAGCGCCAGAGGAGGGUGCCCAGCCCGGCACCCGGCUCCUCCCCCAGCCCGGUGCCCAGCCCCGCCUCCAGCGCCGUGCCCAGCCCCAGCCCCAGCCCCCAGCGGCGAGGCGGGGAGGGGUCCGGCCACGGCCGGCGGGGCGGCCGGGGUGGGCGGGGUGGGGGGCGAGGCCGCGUCCCCCUGCCGCUCAAGUUUGUCUCCAAGGCCAAGAAGGUGAAGAGGAGCACGGCCCCCGAGCGCGGGGCCCCGGCCCCGGCCGGCCGCUGGGAGCGCUGGGGGCGGCCGCCGCCGCCGCGGCGGGGGCAGCCCGGGAGGGCCCGGGGGCCCGCGGAGAAAGAGGAGAGGACCCCAGCCGAGGCCCGGGCCUCCGCCGCCCCUGCGCCCCAAGGCCCGGCAACGCCUCCGCCGGCUGGCAGCCCCGCCCCAUCCUGCCGCAAGAGGUGGCGCCCCCCCCUCACCCCGAGCCAGCGCGCCGAGCGAGAGGCCGCCCGGGCCGGGCCCGACGGCGCCUCCCCUCCCCGGCCCCCGCCACCGGGCCCCCCGGCCGGGGGACCCUCUGAGGAGAGCCCAGCCCCCUCCCCGAAGUCGGGCACGUUCCUGAAAAACAUUCGCCAGUUCAUCAUGCCUGUGGUCAGCGCCCGCUCUUCCCGCCUCAUCAAGACCCCCCGCCGCUUCAUGGACGAGGAGCCGCCCCGGCCCUCCCGGACCGAGGCGGAGCAGCCGCCGCCUCCUCUUCCUCCUCCUCCUCCUACUGUUCCUCCUUCUCCUCUUCCUCCCCCCUCUACUCCCGCCCCAGAGUCCCCAGAGCCCCCAGAGGCUCCCGGGUCGCCCCCUCCCCCUCCUACAGCCGCAUCCCCGCCGCUGAUGCCCCUCUCCCCGCCGGCCCUGCCCCCGCCGCCUCCACCGGCCCCGCUCCCCGAGAAGAGACGCUCGAUCCUCCGGGAGCCCACCUUCCGCUGGACCUCGCUCAGCCCCGACCCGACGCCCGCCCCAGCUCCCGGCCCCCCCGCCCGGAGGCCCCCGCUCCUGAGGGCACCGCAGUUCACCCCCAGCGAGGCCCACCUGAAGAUCUACGAGUCGCUGGCCGUGGGCCCCGAGGGUCCGGAGCCGGAGCCCCAGGCUCCCCUGCCCCCACAGCCCCCUCCGCCCCCGCCUGCCGAGGCCCCGUCCCCCACGGAACCCGAGGCCCCGCCCCCUACCCGCUCCGGUGGCCGCACCAAUCACCUGAGCCUGCCGCGCUUCACCUCCGCCAAGACCGAAGCCUCCGUCCCGCCGGGCUCCCCGGGCCCGGGCCCCCCCGAGGACCUGGGGCCCAGAGAAGGGGAGGGGUCCGGGCCGGGGGCCGCCGGCCCUCCGGCCCUUUCCGGGGUCGAGGAGAAGAUGUUCAGUCUCCUCAAGAAGGCCAAGGUGCAGCUGUUUAAGAUUGACCAGCAGCAGCAACAACAGCAGCAGCAGCAACACCACAAGGCAGCACCUCUGCCGCCAAGCCCGGGAGUGAAGCCGGAGGAGCCCGUGGGGACUCCGGCCCGGAGCCCCGUGAAGUUGGAGGAGGAGCCAGCGGAGACCAAGAAGGAGAGAAGCGCGGGCCCCGAGUCCCCCGUACAGGGUCCCCGAAUCAAGCACGUGUGUCGGCACGCGGCGGUGGCUCUGGGCCAGGCGCGGGCCAUGGUGCCGGAGGACGUCCCGCGGCUCAGCGCCCUGCCCCUGCGGGAGCGUCACGACCUGGCCGCCGCAGAGGACACAUCCUCGGCCUCAGAGACGGAGCGGACGGCGAUGCGUCAGCAGCGGCUGAAGGCGGAGCCCGCGGGUUGCGGCACAGCGCCCGGGGCGGUCGGAGCCCUGGCCGCCGUCCCCUGCCGCUCCAUGGGCUCCCACGGGGGCAAGAAGAUGCGCAUGGCACGGUGUGGGCGCUGCAAGGGCUGCCUGCGGCUGCAGGACUGCGGGGCCUGCGCCAAUUGCCUGGACAAGCCUAAGUUUGGGGGCCCCAACACCAAGAAGCAGUGCUGCGUGUACCGGAAGUGUGAUAAGAUUGAGGCCAGGAAGAUGGAGCGGCUGGCGAAGAAAGGCCGCACCUUGGUGAAACCGCUGCUGCCCUGGGACUCGGAUGAAUCUCCAGAGACGUCCCCAGGGCCCCCUGCCCUGCGGCGGAGCAGCGGGGGCCGGGACGAGGCUUCGGCCGCCCUCCCCACCGGCCCCGAGGACCACGACCCCCUACUGCUGCAGCGCAAGUCUGCCCGGCGCUGUGUCAAGCAGCGGCCGUCGUACGACAUCUUCGAGGACUCUGAGGAUUCGGAGUCGGGGGCGCCCCCGGCCCCUCCCCGCCGCCGAGCCGCCCGGGAGUUGGAGAUGGCCCUGCCCGAGCCCGCGGAGGAGCCUAGCCGCCCCCGGAAGGUCACGCUGCAGCCUGUGGUGCAGCUCAAGGCUCGGCGGCGUUCCGAGAAGGAUGCUGCAGCAGCUGGCACAUUUCCCUCCUUCCCCAACGGCUGGGCAGGGAAGCAGAAGUCACCAGACGGCGUCCACCGCGUGCGGGUUGAUUUCAAGGAGGACUGUGACCUGGAAAACGUUUGGCUGAUGGGCGGAUUGAGUGUGCUCACCUCCGUGCCCGGCGGCCCCCCCCUCGUCUGCCUGCUCUGUGCCAGCAAAGGACUGCACGAGUUGGUGUUCUGUCAGGUGUGCUGUGACCCAUUCCAUCCCUUCUGCCUGGAAGAGGGGGAGCGGCCGGCGCCCCAGCACCACGACGCCUGGUGCUGCCGACGCUGCAAGUUCUGCCACGUCUGCGGGCGCAAGGGUCGCAGCACCAAGCACCUCCUGGAGUGUGAGCGCUGCCGCCACGCCUACCACCCUGCCUGUCUGGGGCCCAGCUACCCAACGCGGGCUGCCCGCAGACGGCAACACUGGAUCUGCUCAGCCUGCGUGCGCUGCAAGAGCUGUGGGGCGGCCCCCGGGCGCAACUGGGACAGCGAGUGGCAGGGAGACCUGAGCCUGUGUCCUGCCUGCACGCAGCUCUUCGAGAAAGGAAACUUCUGCCCUAUCUGCACACGCUGCUAUGAGGACAGUGACUACGACAGCAAGAUGAUGCAGUGUGCCCAGUGUGAUCACUGGGUGCACGCCAAGUGCGAGGGGCUCUCAGACGAGGGCUACGAGAUCCUGUCGGGGCUGCCGGACACGGUGCUGUACACCUGCGGCCCCUGCACGGGCACCGUGCCCCCGCGGUGGCGGGAGGCGCUGGACGGGGCCCUGCGGGGGGGCCUGCGCCAGGUGCUGCAGGGGCUGCUAGGAGCCAAGUUGGCCGGCCCGCUCCUUCAGUGCUCCCAGUGCGGAGCGGCCGACUCCCAGCAGCCCGCGCACCGGUGGCCGUGUGACCUGCGGGCAGUCAGCCAGCUGUUCGAGGACGGUCACUACAGCUCCGUGCACAGCUUUACUGAGGACGUGGUGGGCAUCCUGCUGCGCCAUAUAGAGGAGGGGGAUGCGGCUGAGCGUCGGGCGGGGAGCCAGGCCAAGGGGCUGCUCAUCAAGCUCCUGGAGUCGGCAUUCUGCUGGUUUGACGGGCACGACCCCAAGUACUGGAGACGCAACAGCACCCUGCCCAACGGGGUCCUCCCCAAUGCCGUGCUGCCCCCGUCCACGGACCACAUCUACGCCCAGUGGAGGCAGCAGGAGCCGGAAACCCCGGAGUCCGGGCAGCCCCCUGGGGGCAUCCCCGCGCCAGCCCUGCCCGCCAAAGAGACGGCUCCCCACCCCGAGGACCCCCGGCAGUGCGCACUCUGUCUAAAGCAGGGAGACGCCGACUCCAAGGAGGCCGGGCGGCUGCUGUACAUCGGCCAGAACGAGUGGACCCACGUCAACUGCGCCAUCUGGUCGGCCGAGGUGUUUGAGGAGAACGACGGCUCGCUCAAAAACGUGCACGCCGCCGUGGCCCGCGGCCGCCAGAUGCGCUGCGAGCUGUGUCUGCGGCCCGGGGCCACCGUGGGCUGCUGCCUCUCGUCCUGCCUCAGCAACUUCCACUUCAUGUGCGCCCGCGCCAGCUGCUGCGUCUUCCAGGACGACAAGAAGGUCUUCUGCCAGAAACACACGGAGCUCCUGGACGGCAAGGAGAUUGUGACUCCUGAUGGGUUUGACGUCCUGCGCCGGGUCUACGUGGACUUUGAGGGGAUCAGCUUUAAACGCAAGUUCCUGACGGGGCUGGAGCCCGACGUCAUCAACAUCCUCAUCGGCUCCAUCCGCAUCGACUCCCUGGGCACGCUGUCCGACCUCUCUGAUUGCGAAGGACGCCUCUUCCCUGUCGGAUACCAGUGUUCCCGCCUGUACUGGAGCACGGUGGACGCCCGGCGUCGCUGCUGGUACCGCUGUCGCGUCCUCGAGUACCGGCCCCGGGGGCCGCGGGAUGAGCCUGACCGCCUUGGGGUGGCCGAGGACAACCGGACCAUCGCCCAUGGGCCCCCGCUCCCUGCGGGGCCCCUGAGGCUGGACUCACCCCCCCAGUCGGAGCCGGCCAGCCCCCUGGCCCCCGAGCGCCAUUCGCCAGCCCAGAACCCGGGGCCCCUGCCGCCCCCGGGCCGGGCCGGCGCCCCGCCUCCAGCCCGGCCGGUUUCCGGUGCCCGCAUCAAAGUGCCCAACUUCUCGCCCUCUCGCCGGCCGCCGGCGGGGGCCUCCUCGCGGCCCCUCCCCUCGCCUGGGAGCCCCUCGUCGCUGACCCACCACAUCCCCACCGUGGGGGACCCCGACUUCCCGGCCCCCUCCCGCCGCUCCCGCCGCCCCAGCCCCCUGGCCCCGCGGCCGUCUCGGCGGGCCUCCUCCCCGCCCCCCAACUCCCGACCUCCCCCUCUCCAGCUCAGGGCACACCCCCCUCUCCCGCCGUCUCCCCUCUCGCCCCCGCCCGCUCCUACCUCGGCCGCCGUGGCCCUGACGCCUACCUCAGCGGGGCCGUCCCCGUCCCCCCCGGCCCCAUCCCCCUCGCCGCCGCCGCCUGAGGACCUGGGUCCCGACCUGGAGGACAUGGACGUGGUGCCCGGCCUGAGCGCCGCCGACCUGGACUUCGCCGCCAGCCUGCUGGGCUCCGAGCCUUUCCAGGAGGAGGAGAUCGAGGCGGAGGGGGCGGGGGGCGCCCGGGGGGCCGCCCCGGGAGACAGCUCGGAAGAGGAGGAGCCGGCCGCCUCGCCCCCGCGCUACGUCCACUUCCCGCCGACCGUGGUGCCCGGCGCGGCCGGCCCGCCCCCGGCCCCCGGCCCGCCCCGCAUCGAGCAGCUGGACGGGGUGGACGACGGCACGGACAGCGAGGCCGAAGCCGCCCGGCAGCCCCGGGACCAGGGCCGCGCCCCCACGGGGCCGGGGAGCGGCGGAGGCGAGGAGGCCCGGCCCCCCGAGGACCUGCCCUCGGACAUCGUCGACUUUGUGCUCAAGAACCUGGGGCCCGGGGAGGGGGCGGGGCCCGGCCAGGACCCGGCCCCGCCGGCCCCCCAGGCGCCCGCCCUGCUGGCCAACGGGGACCAGCCCGGGCCGCCCGCCCCCGCCGAGCCCCCGCGGACGUUUUCCUGGCUGCCCGGCACCCCCGGCGUCAGGGUGCUGAGCCUGGGCCCUCCGGCCGAGCUGCCCAGGCCCGCCGCCUCCAAGGUCCUCCUUGUCAACAAGCUGGGCCAGGUGUUCGUCAAGGUAGCAGGGGAGGGCGGAGAGCCCCCGGCCGCCGGGGAGGCUGCCGCGCCGACGCUCCCGCCCGCCGGCACCCCCGCCGCGCCCCAGCCCCCCUGGGGCGCGCCAGUCAACGCGCUGCCCGAGAUGGGGCUGGUGCGCCCUCCGGGACCCCCGCCGCCACCCCCCUGCCCCCCACCCCCUGCGUGCCCCCCGCCACCCCCCUGCCCGCCGCCCCUCACGUUCCUGCUGAGCGACGCCUCCUCCAGCCCCCCACGCCCGGCCACCCGCACCAAGAGGGUGUCAACCUUCGCUGGCCACUCGCCCCGCCCUGCGACCCCACCCCCCGCCAAGGCCCCGCGUCUGGAAGGCGACCCGGAACCCACAGAUGACGACGGCGCCGGGCCGGGCCACGUGCAGAUGAAGACCCCAACCGUGCAGGCCGUCCUGAACCUCGAUAUCGCGGCCGAGGAGCCCGACGGACUCGCUGGGGGUGAGGGCCCGAGCCCUAGGUCAUCCCCUCCGCUGCUGCCCUUGCCAGACACCAGCCCCCAACCGUCCCCACCACCGCCUCCGCUGGCAGCAGAUAUCUCCCUGGAUGCCCUGCUGGAGCCCCAGUGGCCCCGUUUCUCAGGAGAGGUGUCCAGCUCUGAGGAGGAGCCCCUGUCCCCCGAGGACAAGGAGAACGUGGGGCCGCGGAGGCCCGGCCCCCACCUGCGCUUCGAGAUCAGCAGCGACGAUGGCUUCAGCAUCACUGCUGAGAGCCUAGAAGGUGCCUGGCGCACGCUGGUCGACAAAGUGCAGGAGGCGCGGGGCCACGCCCGGCUCCGACACCUCAGUUUCAGCGGCAUGAGCGGGGCCCGCCUGCUGGGGAUCCACCACGACGCAGUCGUCUUCCUGGCAGAGCAGCUGCCCGGCGCCCAGCGCUGCCCCCGCUACAAGUUCCGCUACCACCAGCGCGGGGAGGACCAGGAGGAGCUGCCUCUCAACCCCCGGGGCGCGGCUCGGGCAGAGGUCUACCUACGGAAAUGCACCUUCGACAUGUUCAACUUCCUGGCAUCUCAACACCGGGUGCUGCCGGAGGGGGUGGCCUGCGAUGAGGAGGAGGAUGAGGUGCAGCUCAAAUCCACCAGGCGCGCCACCAGCCUGGAGCUGCCCAUGGCCAUGCGCUUCCGUCACUUGAAGAAGACGUCCAAGGAGGCCGUGGGGGUCUACAGGUCGGCCAUCCACGGGCGCGGGCUUUUCUGCAAGCGCAACAUCGACGCAGGCGAGAUGGUCAUCGAGUACUCGGGCAUCGUCAUCCGCUCCGUUCUCACCGACAAGCGCGAGAAGUUCUACGAUGGCAAGGGCAUCGGCUGCUACAUGUUCCGCAUGGACGACUUCGACGUGGUGGAUGCCACCAUGCACGGCAACGCGGCCCGCUUCAUCAACCACUCGUGCGAGCCCAACUGCUACUCGCGCGUGAUCCACGUGGAGGGCCAGAAGCACAUCGUCAUCUUUGCGCUGCGCCGCAUCCUGCGCGGGGAGGAGCUCACCUACGACUACAAGUUCCCCAUCGAGGACGCCAACAACAAGCUGCCCUGCAACUGUGGCACCAAGCGCUGCCGACGCUUUCUCAACUGAGCCUGCGCCAGCCCCGGACCCCGCCCCGUCUGCCCACCCGGCGACCCCUACACACACACACAGACACGCGCCGGGUCAA